UGAGAUGUGGGGCGGGCGGCGGGCAGAGCCGAAAGGAGCCGAGCUAGCGGACGCCGACGCCACCUGAUCCCAUCCAAGUGCUGGGAGGCGAUCGAACUGGUACUUUGCUCUCAGGGUCCCAGCGCCCUCAGACCCUUGCGGAUUUCGGAACCAGGGUCCAGAGGGAGCGGGGAGUCACCCCUCACCGGGGUGGGAGGCUGAGCUCGCGCGCGCGCUGCUUCUUCGAGGGUCUGGAGUCCAUCUCCUCUGCUUCCUGCAAACCUGUCUGCCUCCUUCUCCUGCCAGGCUUCUCGAGAACCCUGGCCCUGCUACCAGAGCCCCAGGAGCCCCCAUGAGUGCUGGUGAAGGGAAUCCUGGCUAGUGAGGCCCAGGGCAGUCUGGGGGUGGCGCUCCACCAUGCCACCUAUUCUCCAGCAACUGCAGCAGGCCACCAAGAUGAUAAGCCGCAGGAAGAUCCUACUGUUGGUGCUGGGGUGCAGCACCAUAAGCCUCCUUCUCCACCAGGGGGCACAGCUUAGCUGGUACCCCAAGCUGUUCCCCCUGAGCUGCCCUCCUCUGCGGGAGUCGCCACCGCGCCCCAAGCACAUGACAGUGGCCUUCCUGAAGACACACAAGACAGCGGGCACAACGGUGCAGAAUAUCCUGUUCCGCUUCGCCGAGCGCCACAACCUGACAGUGGCCCUGCCGCACCCGAGCUGCGAGCACCAGUUCUGCUACCCACGCAACUUCUCAGCGCACUUCGUGCAUCCAGCCACGCGGCCGCCUCACGUGCUGGCCAGCCACCUGCGCUUCGACCGCGCUGAGCUCGAGCGCCUCAUGCCGCCCGGCACGAUCUACAUCACCAUCCUGCGCGAGCCGGCCGCCAUGUUUGAGUCGCUCUUCAGCUACUACAACCAGUACUGCCCGGCCUUUCGGCGAGUGCCUAACGCGUCACUCGAGGCCUUCCUUCAAGCCCCCGAGACCUACUACCGGGCAGGUGAGCACUUCGCCAUGUUCGCUCACAACACGCUUGCCUAUGACCUGGGCGGCGACAACGAGCGCAGCCCACGCAACGACGCCGCCUACUUGGCAGGCCUCAUCCGCCAAGUGGAGGAGGUCUUCUCGCUCGUCAUGAUCGCCGAAUACUUCGACGAGUCGCUAGUCCUACUGCGGCGCCUCCUGGCCUGGGACCUGGACGAUGUGCUCUACGCCAAACUCAACGCGCGCGCCGCCAGCUCGCGCCUGGCCGCCAUUCCCGCGCAGGAGCUGCGUGAGGCCCGGCAGCGCCUGUUGCGCCACUGUUUCGGUGACAAACCGGUGCUGCGGCCCGCCGCACAGAUCCGCACCAAACAGCUUCAGCCUUGGCAGCCCAGCCGCAAGGUGGACAUCAUGGGCUAUGACCUGCCUGGUGGCGGCGGCGCUGGCCCUGCCACCGAGGCCUGCAUCAAGCUGGCCAUGCCAGAAGUGCAGUAUUCGAACUACCUGCUGCGCAAGCAGAAGCGCCGUGUUAGCGCCAGAGCCCGCCCUGAACCCGUCCUGGACAAACCACCCCCAAGACCCAUCAGGGUACUGCCCCGAGGCCCUCAGGGCCCCUGAGCUCCACUUGCCUGACAGGUCCCGGCUCUUGUCUUUCCUCCCAGGAGGAGGCUCCCUCCAGGUCCUGUCCCAUCUGGACCUUCUUUCUUUCUUUCCCAGGGCCUUGAACCCUACGGCAAAAUUGGGGAUGUGUCUCUCCAUCUGAGCCGACCUCUCCAGCCUGGGCUGAAUGCCACCUUGAGGGAUGGUGCUGAUACGCCCGACUGAGGCCUGGACCACUGUCUCCUUCCCAGAUAGUUGGUAACUUUAACAAGAGGUUUAAGGGCCUUCCAGGACUGAGACCACCCUGCCUUUUUCUGGGGUCUGAGCCCCCCAGACCACCCCUCAGCCUUUUCCAAGUAGAUGAGUGCAAGAGCCAGAGAAAGGCUGAGCCCUGGGAAAAGGCCGUGCUUCCUGUCAGGGUUGUGGGGCUCUCACUCUUCCCAGGGCUGUAGAAGCCGGUACUGUCUUCCAGGUUCUACUCCCCACAGACCUAAGCUGCUCCCAGACUCCCAGAACCAAGAGUUCUUGGAUUGGGCUUUUUGUUUGGUUGUCCUUUUUUAAA